UUGACUAUCGGCCUCCUAGAUGAUAGUCUAAGGUUUGACUGUUCCACGCCCUUAUCCACCGCAGAAUGGAAAUGAAAGCGAGCUCAAGUUAAACAUCAGAUUCUGUUGCGUCCAACUCUUUCAUUUUCGUACCACUACUCUCUCUCUCUCUCUUAUUAUGAAAAAUUGCCGAAGACAGAAGAAAUCACUCGUCCAAUAUUGGUGCUACUACUGUAUUCUUCCCCAUGUAUAAUUAUUAAUCUCACUCUUACAUAUACAAGUAUAAGUAAACAUUUGUUUAAUCGGUUUUACCUGAUUUUAUUCUCACCAUUCGUCCUCGUUUCUUUCCUUGAAACACCACAAAUAGGGUUUGACAUUUACACCGACGACGAACAUUUACGCUAUUCGUUUCUGCAAUUGUUUCCAAAGAACUCGAAACCCAGGUAUUGGAUUGGAUGGAUUGAAGAAAAAAUGUGAAGUUUUGAUUUUAUUGGUGGGUCUUUCAAAUGGGUAUCAUGCACGUGAUGGGUUUUAGUUGUUUUGGUGCGUUCGAUUCGUGUAAAGGCGAUAUUGGAACCCGGACAGAAGAGAUUGCUACCAACAAUGUAAGGCUUUAUUCCUACCACUCGUUGAGAGCGGCGACAGGGAACUUCCAUCCAUCAAACAGAAUAGGUCGGGGUGGUUUUGGAGUAGUGUAUAGGGGAAUUUUAAGAGACGGAACUCAGGUGGCCAUUAAGUCUCUUUCUGCAGAGUCAAAACAAGGAACUGAUGAGUUCUUGACAGAGAUUAACGUGAUCUCAAACAUUCGACAUACGAACCUGGUCCAGCUGCUUGGUUGUUGUGUUGAGGACACUAAUCGGAUAUUAGUAUAUGAAUAUAUGGAGAACAACAGCCUUGCUGGUGCUUUACUAGGUUCUAAAGGUGAACGUGUUCCUCUGGAUUGGCCUAAGAGGGCUGCUAUUUGUAUGGGUACGGCUUCAGGUCUUGUAUUUCUUCAUGAGGAAGCUGAACUUGCUAUAGUCCAUCGAGAUAUAAAAGCCAGUAAUAUACUUCUUGAUGAAAAUUUCCGUCCUAAAAUAGGGGAUUUUGGGCUGGCAAAACUUUUUCCAGACAAUGUCACUCAUGUUAGUACUCGAGUGGCAGGAACAAUGGGUUACCUAGCUCCUGAGUACGCUUUAUUAGGACAACUUACAAAGAAGGCAGACGUGUAUAGUUUUGGGGUGCUUAUGCUAGAAAUCAUUAGUGGCAGAAGGAGUAGUAAAGCUGCAUUUGGAGAGGAACUGUUGGUCCUGGUGGAGUGGACAUGGAAGCUGAGAGAAAUGGGAAGACUUCUUGACGUCGUGGAUCCAGAACUACCUGAAUAUCCCGGGGAUGAGGUAAUGCGCUUCAUUAAAGUUGCACUCUUUUGCACACAAGCUGCUUCUCACCAAAGGCCUUCCAUGAAGCAAGUGUUGGAGAUGCUUUCCAAAGAGGUUAACCUCAAUGAGAAGUUACUAACAGAGCCAGGGCUUUACAGGCCGUAUCACUCCCAGCAAUCGGGAGGUGGUGGUGCAACUGAGACGUCGUUCUCCCUGGUGAAAAAAGGCAAGCAAUCAGACAACAAUCCUUCUGUAACUUUGACCCAGCUGGAUAAUUUCCAGAGUUUCACACAGGUGCUUGCUAGGUGAUGCAUAUAUGAUAUAUACCUUUGCUUCGUAAUUUGUAUUACUCUUUUUGCAAUUUUUGUUUCCAGAGCCUGCAAAACAAGGAUCCGGAUCAUUUUCAAUGCACUUUUGUUUUAAUUCCUUUCUUAACACAUCAUUCACCAUUAAUGAGUGAGGGACUCAUUUAUAUGUAAUGAGUCCUAUUUGAAUAUAUGGUAGAUGAUAUACCAAGAAAUUUGAAAAAAAGUGUAUUGUAGGAGAUGCCAUUCGAUAAAACACUACCUAGUUUGUUUGUUGGGCUUAAUAUGUUUGAAAAGUUUAACAGUUAUAUCAUUCAGUUUUCAGGAUAGACAAACAACAAUAAAAUUUAUUCUUAAAAAUAUAAUUUUAACUCUUAUUUUACUCAUUAGAAUGAAAUUAAAUAGCUUAUCCAAAUUUAUUCCAAACAAGAGAGAGGGUAAUUGAACCAAAAGAACCUCCCUAAUCUUUCUAAUGGCCUGAAUACCCUGAACAGUCCAUUAGAAUUGGACAUUCAUAAAAGGGUAAUUUGGAAGUCGGUACAAAAAUUUAGACUCAUUUGAGUUAAAUUAUAUUAAGUAAACUUAUUUGGGUCUUGGUGCAUUUUUUAAAAAAAAGACUAAAAGGGUAUUUAUUACUCCAUUAC